AUGUCUGCAUCGAUGUUGUGCCGGUUGGCUAUGCGAGCGAUGGUGGCAGCCGCCGGGGAUGGCAGGCACGCCCUUAAGGCUUUUACAGCGCCGCUUAUGGGGCUGUCAGGGUCAAUGUCACGAAGUUUCUUGGCCCGUCGCUCGCGUGCUGGCUGGAGAAGCAUGCUUUGUCCCUCGAUGCCCUCACUGAAAAGAAUGGCGCGAUGCCGUUAUUCGCUCAUUUUGCACCGUUCUUCCCGAGGUGUGCGACUGGAGGAUCUCGGCUGCGUCCUUCGCUGGGUGAUUCACCCUUCGUCGUGCGACAUGGCGGCGAGUGACGUGAAGCGGGCGAGUGAACUCUGGGUGGAAGGGCCGGCUGUAUUCAGCGGGGGGGGAAUGUUUUUUGUGGCAGACAUUGCGGCACUGCUGAGGUCACGCGAGGCGUUUCACUGGGAACCACUUCCGAUCAUGGCGGCCCACGCACACAAUGGCCGAUUUUAUCAAAUGGACUUGGACCACAUGGCGCGGAAAUAUGCCGCCGCCUCCUGCCGCUUCCUGAGAAACUGUCGGCAGAAGCCUCCAUCAUGCAUCGCGUCUAGUAGCACAUGCUUCGUGAAAGUGCCUUGCGCUACAUUCGUGCGCUGUGGGACAAGGCCCCUCUUGUCCCACUGCCCCAGCGGAAGGAAUGGGAGGAAAACUGCGAAAGAAGACUCGGAAAAUCCUGCGGAAAAAGGUUAA